AUACUACGCUACCCAUUUCAUCUUUUAUCUUUAUCCGGCCAUCAUUAAUUGGAGUCACCAUGUGUCCAUGUGUGCCUACCUGUUCCCCACCGUUAAAUCUGUUCCGUGUUCCGCCUUCCGCGGUUUCCACAGUUCCACCUUUCUUUCUCCAACUUUCUUUGCUUUGAAAGAAAGUUAAAAACUCAACCUAUAUUUUUGUUUACUCCGGUCGGAUCUAUUACCCGCCGGCGGAAAAUGAACGGUCAGCAUUCUCGGAAAUUUGGCACGAAUAUUCACAUAACUGCCCUUGAUGGCAUCGUUAACGUUAACUCCCUCUUCACCUUAGGAGUCUUCGUUGGCCUCGCCUGGAAUCCCACCGACCAAAACAACAGCCUCACCGAUGACCCCAAUUGCAUUCCCGGCAGAAGCGUCGCCGAGGACCUCAUCGCCUUCCACGUUUACUCCUUCAGCUCGUUUCUCUUCUCCAGCCUCAUUGCUCUGGGUCUCAAACAGGCCAUCAGGAUUGCAAAGAGCUCCGAUGCUCACGAUGGCCACGAAAGUAUGUUUGCGCGUGUUAACAAGACGGCGCUGCGAGUCGGAAUCAUGGUUUCUGCGGUCGGGUCGGUGUGCGGAUGUGGGUUUUUGUUGAUGGCGUUGGUGAACGUGGUUCAGAUCAAGCUCGGGACUUUGGCUUGCGGGAGCUUCUACAGCUACGGAGCCAUAGUCCCUCUUCUCAUCUUUGUCCCCACUGCGCUUCUCAUUUAUGUUUGCCUCGUCUUAUACGCUUUUACUCGCUAAAUUUCCAUAUUUCUUUUUUGGCUCUCGUCUUUGCGUUAUUGAUGGAUUUGAGGAUCCAAGCACACUUCCCUGUAUACUCUAUGCACAUCACGUUUAUGAGAAAGGGAGUUUUUUUUUUUCUUUUUUUGAGCAGAAAGGGAGAAUUUGUGUUCAAUAUGAAAAGAAUUUGAAAGAAAACUGAACAUAUAUACUUGUAUUAAAAAGUUCUGUGGUGGAUGUAUGGAUGGGUUUGCAAUGAGUUCACCUUUGAUGUUCAUACAUCUUUAUAAGCUUGAAUCCCAAUAAAUUUAUUGCUAAAGUUCCGGCAUUUCUGAAGGAAAGGAAUUCAUUUUUA